UAUGGAAACACAGAAAGCUUUACCGGAAAAUAGCUGAUAGGGAGUUUAUGACAAGUUAUUACAACUGGCUAAUACUUUAACACAAACUGUUAACUAAACAAGUAAAUAGUAUAUAGAAGUAGUAAUCACUUAAAACAAUCGACGAUGCAUCCUAAACCCCUCGAAUCAGGUGAGGUGGAAGAAGAGAGUGGCGAGGAAUCCAGUACGACCCUGCAAGCUGGAGAUGCAGAAAUAUUGCUGGACGCGAUGUCAACAACUUCCAGUAAACUAGAGGAGGCCCCCACGGCGAACUGCAGCCCCCUGCCAAACGAUAUCGAAGGAGACCGUUGUGUGUCCUCACAUACAGAAGUCGACAAACUCAUACAAGCCCAACAACAAGAGAAAAAGGAAAAGGACUCGGGUCCAAGAAUGACAAAGACAUUUCUGAAGGACCACUGCAAGCAAAACAAACUCUACAUGACACCUCGAUUGAAUGACACACUGUAUUUGCACUUCAAAGGCUUCUCCACUAUAGAGAAUCUGGAGGAGUACACAGGGCUGAAGUGUCUCUGGCUGGAGUGCAACGGGCUUCUGCGCAUCCAGAACCUGCAGGCCCAAACAGACCUACGCUGCCUCUUCCUCCACCAGAACCUCAUACACAAUCUGGAGAAUUUAGAACCACUUAGCAAGCUCUGCACCCUCAAUGUCUGCAACAACUACAUACACACCAUCGAAAACAUUGCCUGCCUCCCUGAUCUGGGCACCCUGCAGAUAGCCCAUAAUAAGCUGCAGACAGUGGGAGACGUGGAGCAUCUGAGUCAGUGCCUCUCCCUCAGUGUACUGGACAUGUCCCACAACCUGCUGGAUGACCCAGACAUCCUCACUGUGCUGGAGAGAAUGCCUGAACUGCGCGUGCUGAACCUGAUGGGAAAUGAAGUGAUAAAGAAAAUCCCAUACUACAGGAAGACUAUGAUCAUACGUCUAAAACAGCUCACGUACCUGGAUGACCGACCUGUGUUCCCAAAGGACAGGGCGUGUGCAGAGGCGUGGGGGACAGCGGGUCCAGAGGGGGAGAGCAGGGAGAGGGAAUCAUGGCAAACACGAGAGAGAAGGAAGAUCCAGGACAGUCUGGACGCCAUGGCAACCAUCAGAGACCAAGCCAGGGAGAGACUGCGAGUCAGAGAGCUGCAAGAGAGAGGGGAGUAUGAGACCACUACAACUCCAGAACUUGAGAGCCCCAGUGAAAAGAACCAGAGCCAGAAUCAGAGCCCGGGCUGGGAGGAGAGGAUCCAGGCAUUUGUGGAGGACAGUCUGGAGGCCCAUGAAGAGUUCCUACAGACAGAGAGAGAACAGCCAGAAAAGGAGGAGCUAGGAAAUGAACAGCCACUGAAGAAGCAGCUAGAUAGAGAACAACCAGAAAGAGAGGAUCCGGAGAGAGAUCAGCUAGAGAGAAAGCACCAAGAGGGAGAUCAGCUAGAGAGAGAGCACCAAGAGGGAGAUCAGCUAGAGAGAGAGGACCAAGAGGGAGAUCAGCUAGAGAGGAAGCACCAAGAGGGAGAUCAGCUAGAGAGAGAGCACCAAGAGGGAGAUCAGCUAGAGAGAGAGGACCAAGAGGGAGAUCAGCUAGAGAGGAAGCACCAAGAGGGAGAUCAGCUAGAGAGAGAGCACCAAGAGGGAGAUCAGCUAGAGAGAGAGGACCAAGAGGGAGAUCAGCUAGAGAGGAAGCACCAAGAGGGAGAUCAGAUAGAGAGAGAGCACCAAGAGGGAGAUCAGCUAGAGAGAGAGGACCAAGAGGGAGAUCAGCUAGAGAGAGAGGACCAAGAGGGAGAGCAAGCAGCAGAAGAAAGCUUAAAGGAAGAACUGUUAGAGUUAAACCAGUCAAAGAGAGAACAACUACAAAGAAGGCAGGCAAAGAGAGAGAAGUUAGAGAGAGAGCAGUCAGUAUGUGGCCAGCCAGAGUCUCAGACAGCUGGGGUGAUUGUAGAGCACGGUCCUGGACCAAUGGUGACUGAGCUAGAGGAAACAGAGGACCUGGAGACCAUCCACCUGGAGCCACGCCCACCACUUCGUAUUGAUGAUCUCCCUGACCUGGAGGAUAUGGAUGUUGAAGAUCCAGACAGCACCUGCAUCUUCUUCUCUCAGCAAGUAUUCCGGCCAAAGAUAGAGGUAAUUUCAGGAGACAACAACGAUGUAGAUCCAAUCAUGCAUCAGAGUGGGACAGUGUGGACCACAGAGACCACACCUACCUCAGAUCCAUACUCAUCUUCACUGUUCAGGGUCUGUGACAACACGUCAAACAAAUCGCGCACCAAUCACCUAGUAGCAUUGGACCCAGAGGCGGGGGAUGCCCCAGAGCUGGUGAUAUCAGAACCUCAGGGAGAACCCAGACAGAGGCAGAGCCCUGAAGCCAGCAAACCAGGUUGUCUCAUUGAGGAGCUGGAUUAACUCUGCAGAAGGCUGUGAUAGCAUUAACAACACUAGGUUUAGGUGUUCAAUCUGGGAAAGCCUUGUUUUGCUGAAGACAGGUACAAUGUAAGCACAGAGAGCUGCUAUGAAGCUAUUUUGCAGCCAUGGGUUUACACCCAACACAUUUUCCGCACUAAACAAUUUUUUAUUUAUUUUUUGUUAGUUAUUCGUAGCUGUUCUGUUACUGGUAAUACUUUAUAUUCUGUAUUCUCAGGCUCAGUGUUCUAAAUUAAAUGUUCAUGAACUGCAUUCAAGUCCAUUCCAAGAUAAUCAAAGGCAGAUUAUAGCCAGGGCUCAUAAAAUAAAACGUUAUAGUACAGUAUGGGGAAUUUGUCUCAUUGCUUGUUACGCAAAUACUUAAAAUAUACCACUAGGUGGCGCUUAAGUACCAAAUAUGAACCUCAUAUGUGCAAUAUACUGGCCCAUUCUUACAGAAAAUAAAACAUAAAAAACAAGUUUAGAAAAUAGAAUAAUGAUGAUGAUGAUCAUGCAGAAAUGUGAACCUAAAGAACAGUUAUUUUGUCAAAGUCUUUGCGUGUUUUAGUAGUGGUAUUAUUACAGACCUGCUAAUGCAAAAACACAUAGAAUCUCUUCUUUAUCAUUUCAUCUACCCGGGACUGAGAGUGAGAUUUCAGGGCCCAGUGCUCAGGUCAAAUACUGGUCACAGGGACUCUAGAGAAUAGAUGUUAGUAGAUUGGGUCUUUUAAAUAAAGGUACCAAAAAGAGGAUUAACAAAAAAUAUAUCCACCUGUAUCCUCAUCUCUCUUGUCAUACCCACACGCAUGCACAAAUGGGAUUGUCUACUGUUCUCUAAAUAUUUGUUUCUGUUCAUGACCAUGUUCACAUCAUAAUUCACCAUCUCUUCAUGUUUCCUCCUCCCUCUACCUCCCUCCCUCCCCUACUCUGACACAUGGCUAGGAUGUGCAGUGUGUCCUGGGCUGUCAGGGUGCAUCGAGGGAUGCUGGGCAGGAACAAAGACAGAUUAAAUUGAUCUGCUCAUGACCUUCUGUUAUGAAAGGAUUUAAGAGCAAAGAUUACAAACACACACACAUACAGGAUACACACACAUUGCACGUUACAUGCUACACCAUACAUAUUCUUGUUAAUAUAUUUUAUUACAAAUGAAUGCAUGAAUUAUUAUUCAAUCUAACUGUCUGGGUUAAUCAGAUGUGUGUCUGAUUUCACAUCUUACAAUUGAAUUAAACAAAGCAUGUACCCCUUAAAGCAACUGCUCUGAGCAACCUCACAUGAAACUAUGAAAACAAACAUGUAUCUAAGUGAAGUGCAGCUUCUGAUAUCAUUUUUACAUUAUGAUGAAUCAUUACAUAAUAAGUCCACAGGCACAAUGUGUGUGGUGGCUAUUCCAUGCCCAGUGCCCACACAGGCAAUGCAAGAAUCAAUGAUUGGGGAAUAUAGGGAUUUAGUCAGCUGGUGGCUGAGUAAAAUACAUUUUACAGGUGAACUCUUUUAUAGCUCAUAUAAAAACACGAAAGUGGCUGGCCCGCCCCUAAAGUGACUUAUCAACUGUAUGCAACGAUUCCUCUGUGUUGUCUAAGGAAUUCAGAAUUAUCUGUGUUGAUCUCACCAACCCCCAUUGUCACACCUCUGGGUAGCAGAGGUUCUGUUGUCUUUACAGGUCUGUAGGUCUGAUAUCUGAUUGGAAGUUAAUUCUACAGUAAUGCUAUUGAUCAACAACUCAGAUUCUGAAUCCGAACAACUCAAACGUUAUAAAAGGUCUUAGAUUCAUUCUUUCUAUUUUUUGUUCCUGAACUGCUGUGGUGAGAUACUCCGUCUUUCUUUCUUACUUUCUCCCUCUCCCAUGAGCUACAGUGGGGCAAAAAAGUAUUUAGUCAGCCACCAAUUGUGCAAGUUCUCCCACUUAAAAAGAUGAGAGAGGCCUGUAAUUUUCAUCAUAUGUACACUUCAACUAUGACAGACAAAAUGAGAGAAAAAAAUCCAGAAAAUCACAUUGUAGGAUUUUUAUUGAAUUUAUUUGCAAAUUAGGGUGGAAAAUAAGUAUUUGGUCACCUACAAACAAGCAAGAUUUCUGGCUCUCACAGACCUGUAACUUCUUCUUUAAGAGGCUCCUCUGUCCUCCACUCGUUACUUGUAUUAAUGGCACCUGUUUGAACUUGUUAUCAGUAUAAAAGACACCUGGCCACAACCUCAAACAGUCACACUCCAAACUCCACUAUGGCCAAGACCAAAGAGCUGUCAAAGGACACCAGAAACAAAAUUGUAGACCUGCACCAGGCUGGGAAGACUGAAUCUGCAAUAGGUAAGCAGCUUGGUUUGAAGAAAUCAACUGUGGGAGCAAUUAUUAGGAAAUGGAAGACAUACAAGACCACUGAUAAUCUCCCUCGAUCUGGGGCUCCACGCAAGAUCUCACCCCGUGGGGUCAAAAUGAUCACAAGAACGGUGUCAAAAAUCCCAGAACCACACGGGGGGACCUAGUGAAUGACCUGCAGAGAGCUGGGACCAAAGUAACAAAGCCUACCAUCAGUAACACACUACGCCGCCAGGGACUCAAAUCCUGCAGUGCCAGACGUGUCCCCCUGCUUAAGCCAGUACAUGUCCAGGCCCGUCUGAAGUUUGCUAGAGAGCAUUUGGAUGAUCCAGAAGAAGAUUGGGAGAAUAUCAUAUGGUCAGAUGAAACCAAAAUAUAACUUUUUGGUAAAAACUCAACUCGUCGUGUUUGGAGGACAAAGAAUGCUGAGUUGCAUCCAAAGAACACCAUACCUACUGUGAAGCAUGGGGGUGGAAACAUCAUGCUUUGGGGCUGUUUUUCUGCAAAGGGACCAGGACGACUGAUCCGUGUAAAGGAAAGAAUGAAUGGGGCCAUGUAUCGUGAGAUUUUGAGUGAAAACCUCCUUCCAUCAGCAAGGGCAUUGAAGAUGAAACGUGGCUGGGUCUUUCAGCAUGACAAUGAUCCCAAACACACCGCCCGGGCAACGAAGGAGUGGCUUCGUAAGAAGCAUUUCAAGGUCCUGGAGUGGCCUAGCCAGUCUCCAGAUCUCAACCCCAUAGAAAAUCUUUGGAGGGAGUUGAAAGUCCGUUUUGCCCAGCAACAGCCCCAAAACAUCACUGCUCUAGAGGAGAUCUGCAUGGAGGAAUGGGCCAAAAUACCAGCAACAGUGUGUGAAAACCUUGUGAAGACUUACAGAAAAUGUUUGACCUCUGUCAUUGCCAACAAAGGGUAUAUAACAAAGUAUUGAGAUAAACUUUUGUUAUUGACCAAAUAAUUAUUUUCCACCAUAAUUUGCAAAUAAAUUCAUUAAAAAUCCUACAAUGUGAUUUUCUGGAUUUUUUUUCUCAUUUUGUCUGUCAUAGUUGAAGUGUACCUAUGAUGAAAAUUACAGGCCUCUCUCAUCUUUUUAAGUUGGAGAACUUGCACAAUUGGUGGCUGACUAAAUACUUUUUUGCCCCACUGUAUGUGCCAUGGCUCAAGCUAUGGUUUCUUUGUCUCUCUCUCUGACCAUGCCUAGAAUGCUUGCUAAUGCUUUGUAACUUAAGCUUUAUGUCUUGUAUGUGAAUCCAUUAAUUUCAUAAAGUUAUUAAAUAAUACUUGCUUUGAUA